CUGUACGAUAUGUUUUAUAAAUGAAACGUGGAAUAACAUGACAAUAACAGAAUAACAUGAAGACCACUUCAAGAGCACAUUGUGCAAGUGGAGAAUGAUUGCACUUUAAUGCAAAUUUAAUCCAACGGUCAUGAAACGGUGUGAAAAAGUCAAAGGCUACACAAAGACCAUAUUUACUGAAGGACUGAACAAAUGCAAAACGUGUAUAACUUUGCAUACUUUAGCUUUUUAUAGCUCCACUUCUUCCUCCACAUGUUCAUCGCUAAUUACGUCCCGUGUUCAUGGAGCCAUUAUUUAUCACGGUUUUUGACUCACUUUCGCUUUUGUUUUUAAAUGCAGACAUCUUGAAAAUCUGAUAAAUGCAGCAAAAACUUCUUCCAGUCUCCUCCCAGUUUCAGGUGAGGGGCGGGACCCUGAGCACGUUAUAAAAAGGUAGUGCGCGUCCCUGAACUGACAGUUUCCCAAUCAACAGGUAAACAAAAUUUUCUCACAGCAGUACUUUUGUGUCACGUGAUUCACAAUCGGUCGAGAGAGGGGCGCAGGUGAGGCAGCAAAGUAACCUGGGAGCUCUUCAGGAUGGAGGUCAAGUGGAAGGCCGCAGCUCUCCUCUUCGCUCUUUGGUGUUGCUGCGAUGCUCAGCGCAUAACCUCCGUGUCCCCACGCAUAGGAAGCGUCAAUGGAGCCACACGACUCACCAUUCAAGGAGAUGGUUUUGCACAGGAGCGGCAGUUCCAGCUGAAUCCAGUAGACGACAUGUUUGGAAACCGUGUGACCCUGGUGUCAAACACCCUGUCAGUCCCCUGUGAUGUGGAGAGAGACUCCACACACCGCAACCAGAUUAUGUGCUACACCAGACGCCUCGCUGCUGUGCUGCCUUACUGCUGUGCUGUCUCGCUGGUGCCAUUAAAGGACAAGCGGCUGCCAUCCAUUCAUCCAUCCGGACUUCGAUUAUUUGGACCGAAGUACUCACACACACGCCCGCACUCAGUGCCAUACACUCUCUUUAUUUUGCUGGCCAGCUAACAUCAUUGUUUUUUUUUUCUUUUUGCAUUCACAAAGACUAUCCAAAGACAUUUUGGUUAUUGUCAAAUAGACACUCUCUGAUUACGGACUGAGGAGGUUGUGGUGUUACAACCCCAGGACUGAGAAAAAGGACUCUUUACAUAAUAUAUUCACUUGUCUCCUGGUUAAGAGAAGUGACUAUUGAUGGAAAUAUUUUUCUUCUUCUUGUCUUUAUUUACAUUGUAUCCCAAAGAAGUUUUAAGUUGUUCAGGUUGAAACAUUUGCACUUAAAGUCUGUUAAGUUUCCUUUGAUGUAUCAGUGUCAAGCUGAUGUUUAAGAGGGUAUGUUAAGGACAGAUGUGCUCCAGUCCAUCCAAUCCUUUAAAGUGCUGGACACCGAUGGUAAAUUGCCAUCAGACCCUAAAUAAAUUGUCCUCUGCUGUUAUCCAUAUUGCUUCACUCAUUCUUUGGUGAGUAGACGUAUUGGUUACAACUAAAAGUAGUAGGAAAAAUUGGCGCCCGAACAGGGACUUGAGCGCAUCACUAACUUUAUCCUGAAGCACAUGCACAGACAUCUGUGAAUUCAUCGACUGCUUUGCAGAGAGAGACAAUGGAGUUUUGUGACAGGUAUGGUUUUGAUCCAGAGUACACUGUUUUGUUAAAAGGGGCUAAAGCCAAGAUUAAACUACAAGAGGUGCAAAGAGCAUUUGCUUUGCUGGAUCUCGUUGUCAAAAUUCAACAAAUAGAUAGUCUCCCUGACACGAUUUUGUGUCAGUUCAUGGAGUGCAUUACCCCAAUGCUCUUAGAUGGAGAACAUUCAGCAGAUGGGGAGUGUUGGGAGGUUAUUCAGAUAGAUGAGUACUGUCCUCAGGGACCUGACAGUUUUCACCUGGCGCAUGAUGUGGUCCCCCUCGCUCGAGCAAUUGAUGAUGUGACUGCUAGUUUCAGAGAACAAGUGAACGAACUGGCAUUAGCAUAUAAUGUGAGCCCCAUGACUUUAAAUCAGGCUGCAGUGAGCCACAUGUGUGGGAAAAAUGAUACAUAUAAGGGGUUAGCUACCUCAACUCCUACCUUGGGAGUUAAAACUCAGUCCACACCCGGUCCCAGGUCAACUGCCGCCUGUGAUGAUGGCCAUGUGCCCAAGGCUAAACAGGCACUUGAUGCGGACUCCCUGCUUGUUGAUCCUGUGCCAGCGGAGGUUCAGAGAGUUAUCGUGGAGCACAUUGUAAAACAUGACUCACCCAUGCAUACUCCCUCUGCUUUUGAGCUCCGCUCAUUUUCAGGAAAUUCUCCAAAACCCCCUAAUGAGGUAGAGUACAGGGUAUGACGACUUAGAGUUAAACAGGUACUAAAUGACUCUACCCUUUCCGAAGGGCAGCAGCGCCGUGUUUUCCUCGAUAGCUUGGCUAGCCCUGCUUUGAAUGUAGCCCUUUCUAUUGGGUCUCAAGCACCACCAAAAGACUACCUGGAUGAGCUCGACAAGGCUUAUGGCAAUG